AAAAGUCUUGUUCCAACGGUAGUCACAUGCCUCAAAGUCAUAAUGGCUGACACCGACAAACACGAUACGUUCUGUAGUUGUUGGACAGAGGGGGGCAGAGAGAGUGUGUGUUGUUCCUUAGAAGGGAGUGUCCUCUCUGGCAAAGAUCACUAUUUUCGGUGUAAAUUUAUUUUGCUUGGAUCACUCAUUGACAUCCUGACUGGAGCAUAAAGACAGCUGAAGCAGCAGUGGUGGGAACAGCAGAGUGUGUCUCAGGUGUCGGAAAAGCAUGAAGAGCUUCACGGAAUGGUUUUUCACUACUCUUGGCGCUGCAGUUGUCAUCUACUAUGGAGCCAAGCUGCUCCUUUUUACAAGGAUGCUUUAUCCCAAAAGGUGGUUUCCACUGACAAAGUCAUUCUUUUCGUCCAUGGGAGAGUGGGCAGUGGUCACCGGUGCUUCAGAGGGCAUAGGAAGACAAUACGCCUUUGCGCUGGCUGAACAAGGAAUGAACGUAGUUAUCAUGAGCAGGACCAAAAUGACUUUGGACAAGGUGGCCAAGGAAAUAAGCGAAACGACACGUCGGCUAGUUAAAGUGAUCGUGGUAGACUUCACCAAGGACGACGUCUUCGCUGAUAUUGAGGAGCAGCUUAAGUACUUGGACAUUGGUGUAUUAGUGAACAAUGUAGGCAUGAUGCCCAGUGUGGUGCCUCGCCGGUUCCUUGAAGAUGAAGAUCUGGACCAGACAAUCAAGAGGGUGAUAAAUUGUAAUGUGAAAACCAUGGUGAAGAUGUGCAAAAUAAUCCUUCCAGGCAUGGAAAACAGGAGAAAAGGGGUGAUCGUAAACAUUGCAUCCGGAAUUGCCUCCAUUCCCUUUCCUAUGUAUUCGCUGUACGCUGCAUCUAAACUUUGUGUCUCACUCUUGCAGAUAUUUGUGGAGAGAUUUUCUCAAGGUCUUUACGCAGAAUACAAAGACAAAGGCAUUAUUAUACAGGCAGUCACACCCUUCGGCGUCUCCACUCGCAUGGUGGGCUACCAGCAAACGAACGCGACCAUGUUGGCCCCACAAGAUUUUGUGACGAGUUCGCUGCAAUAUAUCAGAGCUGGGGACAAAACGUACGGCAGCCUCUGUCACAUGUUCCUGGGUUGGUUACUGCACACCAUCCCACUCAAGAUUCUCCACACAGAGUUUAUGCUACAAGGUCUAAAGGAGUACGUGGAGAGAAAACAAGCAGAAAAGAGUUCCAGCCCUGUUGUAAAGGAAGCUUGAAGGAGAUGGAGUGCAAUAACCAUGCCAAGUUAUUGCAACUUCCGGAAGAUUGAGCGCGGGCUGCCAAAUUGGUUUUGACGCAAACUCUCUGCACUUCGUCCAGGUCCGUAAGCCUAUUGAUGCUCUCUUCGUUGCCUUCGUUCAGAAUGUCCCAGAAGUCUUUGCAGCCUCCUCUUAUAGUUUUCGGCUGUGUCGUCGGAGAGUCACGCGCACCAGAGUUGAAGGUCCUUCUGGAUGAAGGGGGAGAAGCCAAGACUGAAGUGGAUGUUUUAUGGGGGGAGACCUUGCAUUUGGGUUUGAGCAAGUCGUCCAGGAUGGAGGUAUCGCCCAAGAGCUCUGUGAGAAUGCAGGCUCUUUCUUGAGCGGGCGCCUCCUGGGAUUGUUCUUGUACAUUUGACUUUUGCUCCACGUUGAGGGGAAUAUCCGCCACCUCUCGAGCGUCUAGACAACUACUGCUGCUGCUGGCCUGACACACACCAAGACCACCAACAGGUCUGGACACACUAGCCUUCCUUGUCCUGCGUCGACCUCUCGCACAGCUGACCGCCUCCUUCUGCUCUUCAGGAUCCACAUUUGGGGACUCCCGUGAAUUUUUCUGUAACUUCUCUUUCUUCUUCUCAGGUUCAGGACACUUCUGGUUGGAUUUACGCCUUCUGCUCUCCAAGUUUUUGGGAGGUGGCAUCUGGGCUUCGUCAGAUGGCGCGAAGUUGCUGGCAACGAAGCUGGCGAGUUCUGGGUGGCCGAGAGUGACGUAAUAGCGUCUCAGCCACUCUAGCCUCUGAGUCGAGUCGCUUCUCAGAACGUCAGCGGCGAACUGUUGAGCCGAGGGGAAAUUCAACUUGGACGCCAUCUCCUGCAGCUGCUCCCUUUUCACCAACACACACACACACACUUGACAUAGUGAGGUUUUGAACACCAGCAGCUCUAAUUUGGCAAAUGAGUCAACAGUACAGUGGAUUUCCCCAUCUUUAAGUUUGCACAAUUUGGUAUUCCAGGAAAUUUUUGGGGGAAAUGUGCCAUGAUAUGUGAUGUCAGCAUUUCUGGUGAGCCCAGUGUGCACUUCAUUACAAAUAUUUUAGAUUUUUAGAAGUAAAAAUAACCAAGUGAGAAAUUAUGGUCAAACAAACCUGUACACACUCUUGGAACAGGAUGUGGGUAAGUUCAGAAUAAAUGUAUCACAUUUAAACUCAUGUUAAAUGCGAUCAGCACACAGUGGCUAUUUUGAGUACCUCUGAUUUACCCCAAAUAAACUUUGGAUGUUUUAGUAGGCUUUUCCUGACAUUUUUGUAGUUAUACCUCAGAGCACAAACCGUGGCCUGAAGACGGCUUCCACGUGUGCGUAUUCAGAACCCAAACAAGAGCAAUCUGUACUAAGCUAACCUAAACAUGUGGUAGAAAAUGGAUAAAGAUCAGACUUCUGUUUUACUGAAUGAUUGAAAGCAAGGAAGUGAGAGGCGAGAAUGAAUGUCCUCUUCCUCCUUCGACACAGGCACUGUCAAUUAUUCAUUUUAGAAUCUGCCGUGGGCUGCUAAAAUGGGACUGCAGAGUACAAAUGCCUCCUGGGCCAUAGUUUGGAUACCACCCCGUUGUAAUUUGUCCAUUGGUGUGCAUGGUAGUGUGAUUGGUUGUUUUUCUAGCAUAUAUGUGCCCUGUUUGACUGACAACCUGUCCAUUGUGUACCCCUCCUCUCGCCUAAAAAUCCGCGGAGCAAAGUCCCAGCUCCACCGCAACCCUAAAUGAGGACAAGCACUAUACAGAAAAUGGAUGGACCUACAGGAAACAUUGCCAGUGUUGUGAAUAUAGAUUUUCUUUAAGUGACCACUGGGCUCUGGAAUGAAUUAUUCCAGAUAUAAUGACUGCCGAUGGGAAAUUUUGUUUUUCGGUCAGCCAGCGUCACAUAGUACAUUGUCUUCAACUUUGGCACUUACACUGCAUUUGGAACUCACCAUCUGCUACUUAUUGUGUCUUUUUUUUAAGCCACAAGCCCAACGCUAUUAAUCAGAUAUUCUGGUGGCACAUCAUGCACGACACAAGAUGAAUACUUCUCCACAUAGUCAGGCGUUUUCGCUUUGUUUUCCUCUGCCGCCCCAAGGCCCUUGUUAUUAAAAGUGUGGUUUAUCCGGACUCAAGAUCAGAAACACUUCAAAGUGUGGCAGUAACAAGUGGUGUUCGUUAAUAGAACUUGUG